AUGUCUAAAACGUUUAAUAUCACUGUUCUCCCAGGAGAUGGAAUCGGCCCGGAAGUAGUUGACCAGGCGAUUCGUGUCUUGGAGACCAUUUCCGAAAAGGGCGAGGUCAAGUUCAAUCUCGAGUCUUACGACUUUGGUGGGAUCGCGAUUGAUAACCACCAAGACCCCCUUCCGGACAAGACGUUGGACGCUUGCAAGCGGGCAGAUGCUGUUCUCAUGGGCAAGUCUUUCCGUCCCAAAAAACUACCCGGAUCCGUUGGAGGACCCAAAUGGGGCGUAGGUAAAAUCCGCCCUGAACAAGGUCUCCUCAAACUCCGCAAAGAGCUCGGACUGUACGCCAACAUCCGACCGGCCAACUUUGCCUCGGACUCGCUCGUGACGUCGUCGCCGCUAAAGGACACAGUCGCCAAGGGCGUCGACUUUAUCGUCGUGCGCGAGCUGAUCGGCGGGCUGUACUUUGGUAAACGAAAGGAAGAAGACGAGAACAUGCCCGAGGCUAAAGGUCUCACGUCGAUUGGCCACAAGAGUGUGGGGGACGUCGGAGUCGCGUGGGACACGAUGGUGUAUUCGGUCGAAGAGGUCGAGCGAAUCACGCGUGUGGCUGCCAAGAUUGCGUUGGGUUCGACUCCACCGCUCAAGAUUCACAGCGUGGACAAGGCGAACGUGUUGGCGAGUUCUCGGCUGUGGAGGCGCGUGGUGGGAGAGACGAUCAAGAAUGAGUUUCCAGAACUAGAAGUCGAUCAUGGGCUGGUGGAUUCGGUGGCAAUGGUGAUGGUUCAGAACCCACGAAAGCUGAACGGGGUGAUUUUGACCGAGAACAUGUUUGGCGACAUUGUGAUUCCGGGCUCGUUGGGGCUUUUGCCGUCUGCUUCGUUGGCGGGUGCACCUACGCUGUCGUCUGGGACGACGACGUUUGGGUUGUACGAGCCUAUCCAUGGGUCUGCACCGGAUAUUGCGGGACAAGGCAUCGCGAAUCCGAUCGGCACGAUUCUCUCGGCGGCUAUGCUGCUCAGGUACUCGCUUGGUCUGGAUAAGGAAGCCAAGGCCAUUGAAAAUGCGGUCCGGAAAGUGUUGGAUACUGACAAUGGCGGGUUUGGAUAUCGGUCCAAGGAUCUAGGAGGAGACAAGGGAACAAAAGAGAUCGGAGAUAAGAUUGUGGAGGUGUUGAAGACUAGAGGAAACGAUGGAUUUAAAAUUUAA